GUUGCUGAGAAACUACAGCGCGAGGUGCAGAAGCGUGGAACCACAAUACAGGGUGCAGUACGCGGAGUAGAGACGUUGGGUGCUUGGGCUGGAGCUUCGCUGGUCGCCAGUCUCAAAGUCGACGCUGCAUUCGAGAUCAAAAGGGAUGACUUUCUCAAAAACGGUCUUAGCUCACUAGGACAUACAUUCUAGAAAUGCGCAAAAUGACAAAGCUAUUUCUUGCUACAUCCUUCAUCACAUAUUCAUGUGAGGGCCCCAACACACAAACAUUACAUAGUACUCCGAGCGGAGAUUCAAUGAAGCAAAAGAAGAAACAAAAACGUACAGCAGCAGGGAUUCCCACGUGGUCACCCACCGUAGUACUAAUCUGCCGUUCAACUGCUUAUGUAUGGCAGAGCGGACGGGAUGCCCAGUUUUCAGCUGACUGUGGCCGUACGUGCAUGUAUGCGAAAUUCGACCAGCUAUAUCCUUAUCAGAUACUGCGCUUCGGUGAAAGUAAUCACUGACAGGAAAAUGGUCGGCAGUGAUGUCAAGAGAUUAUGCAGUUUGCGAACGGCUCAUGUUACGAUGUGUCAUUUGGAAUGUUGCAGAAGCAAAGCGCAUGAUGCCUCUAGGCUUGAGGAUCGUAUGAGAAGACUCAACAUCAAACUCAGGCGUUGAUGU